CAAUCAUUACUCCGUCGCUCUCAUUCUCGUAAGACAUUCUCUGUAACUUGUUCCAACUGACGUCAUCAUGGCUUCGACUGUCGGAUCGACCUCUAAUAUCCUGUCAAAGCUAAACAUCGAUGCCGAUUGGGCCGUCGAUGCUCCUCCCAAUCUUCAGCAGAACCUCUCUCUUCUCUCUCCCCAACAGAUUGAGCUGGCGAAGAUGUUGGUCGAGAUGGGACAGAGUCACGUGUUUGAGAAAUGGACUGAACCAGGGGUCGAUGAUGAUGAGAAGCGAGCUUUCUUUGAUCAGAUGGCUCGACUUAAUGCAAGCUAUCCUGGGGGUUUGAUGUCAUAUAUCCAAACUGCUAGACAACUGUUAGCAGAUUCAAAGGCUGGAAAGAACCCAUUUGACGGCUUUACACCUUCAGUUCCAUCAGGGGAGGUUCUGACUUUUGGUGACGAUAACUUUGUUCAAUUUGAGAAUAUUGGAGUUAGGGAAGCACGAAAUGCUGCAUUUGUUCUUGUUGCGGGGGGCCUUGGUGAACGGCUUGGAUACAAUGGCAUAAAGGUGGCUCUUCCUGCAGAGUCUACGAGUGGAACAUGCUUCUUACAACACUACAUCGAGUCUAUUCUAGCCUUACAAGAUGUUAGCGGCGAACACCAAGGAGAGAUUCCUUUGGUUAUAAUGACAUCUGAUGAUACACAUUCACAUACUGUGGAGCUGUUAGAAUCAAAUGGUUAUUUUGGAAUGAAAUCUACACAAGUAAAACUUUUGAAGCAGGAAAAAGUUGCGUGCUUAGAUGAUAAUGAUGCAAGGUUUUCUGUAGACCCACAUAACAAAUACCGAAUUCAGACAAAACCUCAUGGCCAUGGUGAUGUUCAUUCACUUCUUUAUUCAAGCGGCCUUCUAAAGGAAUGGCAUGAAGCUGGUUUGAGAUGGGUUUUGUUUUUUCAAGAUACUAAUGGACUUCUCUUCAAGGCCAUUCCAGCAGCAUUGGGUGUUAGUGCCUCCAAACAAUACCAUGUUAAUUCUCUUGCUGUCCCUCGCAAAGCUAAAGAAGCCAUUGGAGGCAUAGCCAAGCUUACUCAUGCAGAUGGGAGGACGAUGGUGAUUAACGUGGAAUACAAUCAGCUUGAUCCUCUGCUUAGAGCAACUGGAUAUCCUGAUGGUGAUGUCAAUUGUGAAACCGGCUAUUCUCCUUUUCCUGGAAACAUAAACCAAUUGAUUUUCGAACUUGGCCCUUACAUCGAAGAGCUUACAAAAACUGGAGGUUCUAUAAAGGAGUUUGUAAACCCCAAAUAUAAAGAUUCUAGCAAAUCUGCAUUUAAAUCUUCUACUCGGCUAGAGUGUAUGAUGCAAGAUUAUCCUAAAACAUUGCCUCCAUCAGCAAGGGUUGGAUUUACAGUGUUGGAUACAUGGCUUGCUUAUGCACCUGUGAAGAACAACCCUGAAGAUGCUGCUAAGGUACCCAAGGGAAAUCCAUAUCACAGUGCUACUUCCGGAGAAAUGGCCAUUUAUAGGGCAAACAGCCUCAUAUUAAGAAAGGCUGGGGUUAAAGUUGAAGAUCCAGUAAAUCAGGUGUUCAAUGGACAGGAGGUCGAAGUAUGGCCCCUUAUCACUUGGAAGCCCAAAUGGGCGCUUACUUUUGCAGAUAUUAAGAGAAAAGUGAGCGGAAGCUGUUCCAUUUCUCAGAAAUCUGCCAUGGUCAUCAAGGGACGUAACAUCUUUCUUGAAGAUCUCUCCUUGGAUGGAGCUCUUGUCAUUGAUGCUGUUGAGGAAACAGAGGUAAAGGUCGGGGGUUCGGUGCAAAACAAGGGUUGGAUGAUCGAAAAUGUUGAUUACAAAGAUGUUUCAGCACCAGAGGAAGUAAGGAUCAGGGGUUUCAGAAUAAACAGGGUUGAGCAUUUGGAAAAGACAUACAGUGAGCCUGGAAAAUUCACCUUGAAGGGAUGAGUUUUAAACCUACUGAAACAGACUGCACUCAAGGUUUUCUUUGAACUUGUUAUUUGAUGCUAGUAAAUUGCUCUUCUAUCUCAAGUAGUCAAAUUAUGUCACUUGAUUCCUGCAGCAGCCCAAAAUGAAACAUUUGAACUCCCUUUUGUAAUAUAUUCGACAGUUCAGCGUAAAUUGGGUUGCAAAAUGUAAUUUCUGGGAAUGAAAAUAAAAGUAAUUUGAUUUUGUGAGGAGUCUGGUGGAAUCCCAUAAAACUUAUGUGCUUUAAUUCUU